CAAAGGAUGUGCCAGAUGUCAGGUAUUCGAAGGGAUUUGCAUUUUACUGUGUGUCCCUUAGACUAUUCUGUGCAAUUCUGAUAUUAAAAAGGAAGAGAGGGAUUGCUAGAAGCCAUGUGUUACCUGGUUUACCAAAGUCUUAUGUGCGAAUGAGACCAUCCCCCUCAGGUAAAGACGUGGACCACUGCCUCGCUUAAACUCUGAAGCCUUGUCUUCCUGUCUCACAUACAGGCCAGCUGUUUUACAGGGCCUUGCAUUGGCCAGCGCGUCUGUGGUUGUAACAGCCAGAUAGUUGCCAGUUGUGUGAUUAAAGGCCUCAUUCCUAGUGCCACCCAAUGGGAGAAGAGCAUGAGGGCUGGUUUCUUUUGACCUGCUCUGGUCCUGCCGACCUUCAGACUUUCUAGUCCAUCGUUUUACCUUUCAGUGGUAAAGGAAAGCAGAAUGUAAUGGGCUUGAAUGUGCCCCGGUGAUACUGUGUAGGCCAUUAAGUGUGACAGAACAGAAGCUCCACCUGUAAGUGAAUCUCUUUUCCUGUCUGAUUCGCUCCCAGUAAUGGGAGUGACAUGGACAGGGAGUAUAUCCCUUCAUGCUGUCCCUGCUACACACUGGCCAAAGAAAGCUGCUCCAAGUUCACUUCUGCCUGGUGUCUCGAUUUCUGUUAAAUCCUUGUCAACGAGGCACCACACAAUGGGACAAUCUGUGUUGCAACCACACAGCAAGGAGGCGCGUAGUGUGAAAAAUUCUUAGGUGUGGGGUUGCCAGAUUGGUUGUCAUAAUCUUGUAUCAGCUUCCUUGAUACAGAGGACAGGUGCGUUAGGCUGAAUGGGCCUACCUGAUAACAUGACACAUUUUAUUCUUCAGAGCCGAGGGAGAAAUGGCAGUGCUGCCUUGAAAAUGCCUCCGUGUUUGAGGUGAAGCAUCACAAAAUGCGAAGCCUGUGGUGUUGUAACUGAAGGAGUUAGAAUCCUUUUGCUCCUGCUUCUCUUUGGGCAGUUAGUGACACUUGAGCUUCAGUAACCUCGUUUAGAAAAGGGCGUGUGUGCGUGAAAUCCAGGAUCCUGCCAGCAGAAGCCUUGAGAGUCCUGGGCAGUACGACAACUCAGCAGGGUGUUUCUCUGGCUAAGCCAAGGGAGUCCAACCUGUGCCUUUCUGAGAUCUUUCCAGGAGUCCACUAGAUGGAUCAGGUUGUGGAUGCCCCGAGGGCAGCUGCAAGGACAGCAGGUCUCAGCAUGCAGGGCGUCUCCAUUGUCCAAGUGGUCAGGAUGGAAGACUUCCUGCUGGGAAGAUCUUUGCGGUCCUGUAGCUGCAUGUUAAAGAUAGGGGUGGCCAUGGUAGAACUUUGGUGUCUUCAGUGCGAAUUACCGAAAGAUUUUUCUAGCCUGGGUGUGAGGUGAGCCACAUCAGGGGUCUGUUUCACCUGGGACUGUCGUGGGAGCAUGGGGGAAUGAGCAUGUAGACCUGAUGCUAUGCACACUAAUUGUGGUCAUGUCUUUUUGUUUCCUUUACCUCGUUCUUUGCUGCAUCUGCUGCUGCUGCCGCUGCUGUCUCUGUAUCUCUGUUCCUGUCUUUCCCUGUAUGAAUGUUUCUCCUACUCUGCCUUCUACUCCUGUUGCCCUCCAGACCACCACCAGGCGGCCCAAGCCUACCCGGACUCCCAACUCUGCAGCAUCCAGCGGUACAGCUGGGCCCUCCGGCUCAGCUUCCGCCUCAGCGGGUGAGAUGAGUAGCAGUGAGCCCAGCACACCUGCCCAGACGCCUCUGGCUGCGCCCAUCAUUCCAACUCCUUCCCUGACCUCUCCAGUGGCACCUCCUUCAGCUCCUUCCCCCACCAAGGAGGAGGAGAACCUGCGUUCUCAAGUCAGAGACCUGGAGGAGAAGCUGGAGACUCUGAAGAUGAAGCGAAAUGAAGACAAAGCAAAGCUGAAAGAGCUGGAGAAAUACAAGAUCCAGUUGGAGCAGGUGCAGGAGUGGAAGAGCAAAAUGCAGGAACAACAGGGUGACCUCCAGAAACGUCUAAAGGAGGCCAAAAAGGAAGCCAAAGAUGCAUUAGAAGCCAAGGAGCAUUACAUGGAGGAAAUGGCUGAUACGGCUGAUGCUAUCGAGAUGGCAACUCUGGACAAGGAGAUGGCAGAAGAGCGGGCCGAAUCCCUGCAGCAGGAGGUGGAUUCCCUGAAAGAGAAGGUGGAAUAUCUCACGAUGGACCUGGAGAUCCUGAAACACGAGAUAGAAGAGAAAGGCUCGGAUGGGGCUGCAUCCAGCUACCAGGUCAAACAGCUAGAAGAGCAAAACGCAAGGCUUAAGGAAGCUCUUGUCAGGAUGCGGGAUCUGUCUGCAUCAGAGAAGCAGGAGCACGUGAAGCUUCAGAAACACAUGGAGAAGAAGAAUUCAGAGCUGGAGAGCUUGCGUCAGCAGAAGGAGAAGCUGCAGGAGGAGGUGAAGCAGGCAGAGAGAACCAUUGAUGAGUUGAAAGAGCAGGUGGAUGCUGCGCUGGGUGCUGAAGAGAUGGUGGAGACUCUGACAGAGAGAAACCUGGACUUGGAGGAGAAGGUCCGGGAGCUGCGCGAGACCGUCGGCGACCUGGAAGCCAUGAACGAGAUGAACGACGAGCUGCAGGAGAAUGCCAGGGAGACUGAGCUGGAGCUGCGUGAGCAGCUGGACAUGGCAACGGCGCGGGUCCGCGAGGCGGAGAAGCGUGUGGAGGCUGCACAGGAGACGGUGGCAGAUUACCAGCAGACCAUCAAGAAAUACAGGGAGCUGACUGCACACCUGCAGGACGUGAACCGAGAGCUCACGAACCAGCAAGAAGCUUCUGUUGAGAGACAACAGCAGCCUCCACCAGAGAUGUUCGACUUCAAGAUUAAAUUUGCAGAGACUAAGGCCCAUGCGAAGGCCAUAGAGAUGGAGCUGCGGCAGAUGGAGGUGCAGCAGGCCAACCAGCACGUCUCCCUCCUCACCUCCUUCAUGCCUGACAGCUUCCUGCGCCACGGCGGGGACCACGACUGCAUCCUGGUGCUGCUGCUCAUCCCCCGGCUCAUCUGCAAGGCCGAGCUGAUCAGCAAACAGGCCCAGGAGAAGUUCGAGCUGAAUGAGAACUGUGCCGAGCGCACGGGCCUCCGGGGUGCCCCAGGGGAGCAGCUGAGCUUUGCUGCAGGGCUGGUGUAUUCGCUCAGCCUCCUGCAAGCGACGCUGCACAAAUACGAACAGGCCCUGAGCAAGUGCAGCGUUGAGGUCUAUAAGAAGGUGGGGAUGCUCUACCCGGAGAUGAGUGUCCAUGAGCGCUCGCUGGACUUCCUGAUUCAGCUGCUGCACAAGGACCAGCUGGAUGAGACGGUCAACGUGGAGCCACUCACCAAAGCUAUCAAAUACUACCAGCACCUGUACAGCAUCCACCUGGUGGAGCAAGCCGAAGACUGCACCAUGCAGCUGGCGGACCACAUUAAGUUCACCCAGAGUGCCUUGGACUGCAUGGGCGUGGAGGUGGGUCGAUUGCGGUCCUUCCUGCAGACGGGGCAGGAGGCGUCCGACCUCGCCAUCCUCCUCAAGGACCUGGAGACCUCCUGCAGCGACAUCCGCCAGUUCUGCAAGAAGAUCAGACGCCGCAUGCCGGGAACAGACGCACCUGGGAUACCCGCAGCACUCGGCUUUGGACAGCAGGUGUCGGACACGCUGCUGGACUGCCGCAAGCACCUGACCUGGGUGGUGGCGGUGCUGCAGGAAGUGGCUGCCGCGGGGGCCCAGAUGAUCGCCCCGCUGACGGAGAAUGAAGGGCUCCUGGCCGGGAAGCUGGAAGAUCUGGCCUUCAAAGCAAGCGAGCAGAUCUACGGCAGCCAGGGCGUCAACCCGUACGAGUGCCUGCGCCAGUCCUGCAACAUCCUCAUUGCCACCAUGAACAAGAUGGCCACUGCAAUGCAGGAGGGAGAGUACGACGCCGACCGGCCGCAGACCAAGCCCCCUCCUCCUGUCAAUCUGAGGGCAGCCGCACUCCGGGCCGAGAUCACGGAUGCCGAGGGCCUGGGACUGAAGCUGGAAGACAGAGAGACCGUCAUCAAAGAGCUGAAGAAAUCGCUCAAAAUCAAGGGCGAGGAGCUGAGUGAAGCAAACGUGCGCCUCAGUCUCCUGGAGAAGAAGCUUGACAGCGCGUCCAAGGACGCGGAUGACCGGGUGGAGAAGAUCCAGACCAAGCUGGACGAGACCCAGGCUCUGCUCAAAAAGAAGGAGAAGGAGUUUGAGGAGACCAUGGAUGCUCUUCAGGCUGAUAUUGACCAGCUGGAGUCGGAAAAGAUGGAGCUAAAGCAGCGCUUGAACAACCAGUCCAAGCGCACCAUCGAGGGGCUGCGUGGAUCCCCUGCCUCCGGAAUCGCGUCCAUCGUCUCGGGCAUUGCGGGAGAGGAGCAGCAGAGAGGUGUCAGCGCUGGCCAGGUGAUGGGAGGAGGCUCAGGACCUGUCCAGGUGAAGGAUUCGCCUCUUCUCCUCCAGCAGAUCGACGCCAUGCGGCUGUCCAUUGAGCACCUCAAAACUGAGAACAACCGGCUGAAGGGAGCCCAGAUGAAGGCAGAGCUGGCAGCGCUGCCCCCUCUGCACGUCCCGAAGCUCUCGCUUCCCAAAGAGCGGCAGGGGGAGGAGGUGGCCUCCGGCUCCCUGUACAGGAAGACGAGCCAGCUGCUGCAGAGCCUCUACCAGAUGAGCGCCAACGCCAAGGUGGUGGACGUCACGCGCAGGAGCUCAGCAGGGAGCCCGGCCGCCCAGCUGCUGGAGCAGACAGCCCGCCUGAAAUCCCUGAGCAGCACCAUCGACAAGCUGAAGGAUGAAGUGAUGAAGGAGACGGUCCUGCAGCACCCCGGGGCCAAUGUCGUCACCAACUUCGCCACCUUCCCAUCCUCUGCCUUCCUCAAGGCCAGAGAGGAGAAGAAGGACGACACCGUGUACGUCGGCAAAGUGACCUUCCCCUGCCAGCCUGGGCAUGGCCAAGUGCACAAGCUCGUCCUGACGCCGGAGCAGCUGUGUGAGCUGCACGGCCGCCUCAUCUCCUAAGGGCCCCCCCCGCCUCCCCCCCAGAGACGGAUGUUCCUUGCACAGCCCCUCUCCCCAGCCCGUUGCUGAGUCUCUUCUCCCAGGCCCUUCUUGGCAGGGACUUGCUAGCCUGCGUGUGCAGCAGACCCCAGCAGAGCGCCCCCGGCUGGAGCACCGGGUUCCAGCUAAUGAAACCACUCGCCCUGCUGCCCCGCCGAGGGGGGCCUUGGCAUAGCUGUGUGUGCGGAUGAGUUCGCUCCUGCCUGGAUCUUCAGCUGCCUUUCCUCCUGCCUGCCCUCCUGGUGCAUCUGAGAGCUGCCUUUCUCCGGGGGGGGGCCUGAGGUGUCAGGGGCUGGGCCUGAUUGUGUACAUUACACUCACCAGUGAAAACACUUCCAACACCCCCCCCACCAGCUCCUUGUCCGAACAGCACCGACCUGACCAGGGAACUCACGGCUCCUGAUCCGCUCGGCCCCUGGUAGCCCCGGGGCAGGCUCUGUAGGGAGCACCACCUUUCUCCAGGUGGGAUUUGAGUGGCCAGGAGACGGGCUGGCCCUGCACUGAGGUUGGGAGCGGCAUUGUAACCCUGCCCAGCUCAGCUCAGACUAACUGACCAGCCAGACAUGCCCCCGUUCUGCCCUGCUCGGUGCUGAGGGGUUUGGGCUCCUGGCCAGGCGGUCGGGCUGUGCCUCUAGCUCCUGUCACGGGAUGAAGGGUUCAUGCCAGAGGGGAAAGGGAGCCCCUGGGGCUCCCGCUCUGAACACUACAGAUACCCGCAGUGGGGUGAGUUCAAAGCUCGUCCCACCAGCUGCUGGUGUCAAACCUCUCUCCCCCCAGUGCUGUGGUUGUCACAUCAGUGUAGGGGGCUGGGAGCUGAGUUCCCCCAUGGCUAGUGGGUGAGUGCGCGGAGGAGCUUUGGGUCUGCUGAUACAUGCGCACGCUGCUGCACCAUCCCCUGCUGUAACCAGUUCUUAGCACUCCAG